AUGUUCGUCUGUGAGGGGGGCUGCGGGCAACCCAGCGGCCCGGUCCGGGGCUUGCACUUUGUCGAGCUCCGGGUCCCGGAUCCCCGCCACGCAUCCUCUGCUCCAACAUCUGCCACGGCCGGUCCUGCUCCGCCGAGCACGCUGCCUGUGGCUAGGUCCUCGACAUCGCCCCACCAGAGGGCCUCGCUGUUGAGUCGCCUUGGAAUUGCCAACAUCUUGGCACUGCGGCUCAGCAACAUCACCAAGAUAUAA